AUGCGCUCCGAAGGAAUCAUCCCGAUUCAGGCUGGAUCGAACAAGUAUGCCUCCCAGAAGGGAAUGACCGGAUUCGGAGUGCCUCGUGACGUCAUUGACAAAAUCAAGUCCGACAAUCUGGCCGAAAUCACCGAUGAGAAAAAGAUUGAAGCUCUGAAGGCUUCCACCUGGCUUCAGUCCGGUACCAACAAAUUUGCCUCCCAGAAGGGACAAACCGGCUUCGGAUCACCUCGAGAUGUCAACUACAAAACGAAAGGAACCGGUGGUGCCAGUGAGGUAUCCGAAGAGAAGGCUCGUGCCUCUGAUGGUAUUGUGCCCCUCCAAUCCGGAACAAAUAAACUCGCCUCUCAAGCCGGUAUGACUGGAAUCGGAAUGCCGCGUAUCGUAGAUGUUCGCAAGGCCGAGGAGCAGGACCGAGAAUCACAAGGCUUCAUCCAUCUUCAAAUGGGAACCAACCGAUUCGCCAAUCAGUCCGGCAUGACUGGAUUCGGUAUGCCCCGUCACAACAUCACCAAGUUCGUUUUCCAUUUUGCUUCUCGUUUGGUUUUAAAUCAAAGCUCUUAUUAUGGAACAACUGGCCCAAAUCAUUCGCUCCUCCAGUAUUGCACUGCUAGGACUCGCCUUGCGCCGCACCACGUUCUCCAAUGA